AAUUAGAGUACCAUAAAUAUUAUUCAUGUAUAUGAUGGAAGUUGUUUCUUGAAAUAUGAAUUACUAGUACAAAAAGAUGCUUGGAAUUGUACUAUCUAUUAUACUUGUUUUUAUCACACAGGGAGCAGAAGGCUUGAUUCCAAGGAUUUGUGAGGUAUUACCAUGAUGGCAUUUUCUGAAGAAAAAUUAGGUCACACACUUAAAGCCAAAUGUAGAUGUAUAAUGUAUGAUAUAUUUUAGGGGUUGUAUUCUCGAAUGAGUGAAAACAGCAAUGACAAGACAGAAUUUAAGACUGAAGUUAGGUAGGAUUUAUAGAACAUGGAGUUAUUAUUUAAUUCAUUAAUAAUAUAUUUUCCCCUUCAUAGUCAAAUCACAUUGUUGGGCACAUCAGGACAUUAGUUGCAAGUCUUAACCUUUUAAGUGGUAAUGCAGUUGAUAUGCUCUACUUUAUUAUUUUACUCUGUCUAAUGCAGACAAUUUUACUCAUCAAGGGGAAAGUGGUGACACUCAUUGGGGGAAAGUGUUAAAGUUUUUAUCAGUAAAAUGUAUUCAUUAGCAAAAAUUAUAUAAUAUAUAUAGCAAUUGUGGAAAAAUAACAUGUUUUGUUUCACAGUUAUCUAGAAAUUUAUAAUGAAAAGGUCAGAGAUCUUCUGAGGCCAUCAAAAGGCAAAGAUCAAUAUAACUUGAAAGUUAGAGAACAUCCUAAAGAAGGUCCUUAUGUACAAGGUAUGGUACCUCUAGAUAGCUAGACCUUGCACAAUUUUUGUAUUUUUGCUCUUUUCUCUCCCCAUCUUACAGAGAGAUGCUAUGCAGGCUAAGAUCUUUUUGGAGAGCCAGAUGCCUUUAAAGUAUUUCUUGGAGGGUCUACAAUAAAGUUCAUUUGUCCUGUUUUUCGUUUGCAAAUACUAUCCCACAAAACUAGGGCUGAUCAACUGUUCCUAGCUGCCUGCCCAUAAAAAGAGAUAUAACCAUUAAGUUGCAUUGUGCCGUGACACACCCUACUUUAUUAUUUUACUCUGUCUAAUACCAGAUGAUUUUACUCAUCAAUUGACUUAAAAUACUUUUGUCUAUUUUGAAUUUUUUUGUGAGUUUCCUUUGUAAAUGGUGCAUCACUCAACAUUGUAGUUUAAAAUCCAGUGAGAAGAAGUACCUUGUGGUGUGUUUAUUUGAUGCAAAUCUUUAUAUAAAAAGAAAUAAAACCACCCACCCGACUUUUGGCAAAAGUAAAGGAUAAUCACCACCUAAUUUUCAAUGUAGAUUUGACAAAGCACUUGGUUGGUGAUUACAAUGGUAUUGAAAGUCUCAUGAACACUGGAAACUCUCACAGGUAUAAAAAAUUUUACCUACACUACACGAUUUUCCAUCUUCUUGAUUUUCCCUUGAAUGAGUCAUUUACUGUACAUUACAACAAGGCAACAGGCCUUCAAUGUUAGUUUUGGAGGACUAUCAUUUAGUGCUGGAAAAUCUGGGAUGUAAUUUUAGCUGAGAAAUACAAAGCUAAUGUUCGCUAUUAAUUUUAUACAAUAGGGUAACGGCGUCCACGAACAUGAAUGACACAAGCAGUAGAUCUCACGCGAUUUUUACCCUGGUGUUCACACAGGUAUUUACAAUAGUCCACCUUCACUUUUAUGAGAGCUGUACUCUUUCUCAUAGUACACAUGAACAAAUAACUUGACAUGCAUGUUCAAUUUUCCAGGCGAAAUUUAACACAGAUAUGCCUAGUGAAACUGUUAGCAAAAUACACUUGGUGGAUUUGGCAGGAAGGUAGGUAGAGAAAUUAAAGUCAUGGUGGUGAUAUAUAAUAUAAUUUAAGCCUACGCUAUUACAGUACUGCACAGAAACAACCUAACAAAAUACGCACUGGAGAUCGACGCGUUCCAGAAAUCGUUCCAAUUUCGUUCGAACGUGUUCGAUUUUGCGUUCUAUUUGCAUUCCAAACCAACAGGAACGCGUUUCUGAAUGCGUUCAGGAAAAAACCCGGUCCGUUUAGAAAAGUGAUGGGGUGAGGGGCGUUUAUACACUUGCGAUUUUCUUCUCUUGAUGUAUGUGAGCGAGUGAAUGAGUUAGGAAUGUUUAGAUGAUGGAAGAUGAUGGUACAUAUACAGUCCUCGACUCCUCGCAAUUUUGAUAAAUAUUUGGCGGCAAAAAAUUGCCGCCGAUAUUUCGAAGUUCGGCGGCAAUAUUUUUGUCACUAUAAAUUGACACUUUGACAGAGAACAGAAUUAUUUUAUGUUUAGUAUUCUCUUGACUCUACUAAUUAAAAGUGUUUGAUAUUCAAGGAAACCUUGUUUCACACACACAAUUACUAACGUAAAGUUGUAUGUGUUUGAACUUGAAGUUCAUAUUGAAGUUACAUGAAGUGUAUCAGAACUUUCGAUGUAUUUUAAAAUAAGUCACAAAAAUAAAAGUGCUCACAAAAGAAUAGCUCACUUUCCCAGACUUAUUUUCUAAUCAUAUGUUCAUAAUCGGAAGAACUAUAAAUCGAAUUGAGAAGGCAGUGAAGCAUCAUCAGUGACACAAAAAUUCGUGGACGGCAAAAAAUUGCCGCCGAUAAUUUAAUCUUCGGCGGCAUUAUCGGCGGCAAUUGCCUUUUGCCGCCGAAAAUUGCGGGGACUGUACAUACACUCAGAGUAUUCAUAACUUAUCACUGGCAUCAUCUCGCAGUUCUUAAAAAUAUAGCUGUUUGCCUGGAGUGAAGGAAGCAAUUAAGCAAAGAUUAAAAAAAAACAUGACAGAAAGCCUAGAAAUCGUUUCACGCAAUAAGUUGUAAAUCACGUUUUUGUUUCCAUUCUUUUUCCAAUCACUUUUCUAAUGCUCUAAUUCUACAACACGAUGAAUUUCGGUGAUCUGUUUGAAAAGUCGAAGUCAUCACGCACUAGAGCCAAUCAUAGAUAUAAACUUUAUGUAAAAAUGGCUAAGGUAAAUUCAUAUAAGUACUCUUUCUUUGUUAGAAUUAUACGAUUUGGAACAAUUUACCAAGUAGUAUCGUAGAAUCCGAUAGCAUUAGUGUGUUUAAAAACCGUUUGAAACAACACUUAAAUAUUAAAGAAACCGUUUGAACACCUUUCAAAAACCAUUUAACUAAUUAAUAUGUAUAUAUGUAAAUAUUAUAUUUAUUACUAAAAUUGUAAGAACUAUAGUACUAUAUUUAUGUUAUAAAUUUUCCUUUGGAAGUUGUUAUAUAUAGGGUUAACCUCUCAACUUUCCAUUAGGUCUAUUUGUUUGGCUUAAGAAUAAAUUUAUGUUUAUGUUUAUGUACAGCUAAUUCAAGAAAGGUUGUCCUUUCCAAACCUUAAACUCUAAGCGUGCAAAGCAUAAUGGGAGCAUAAUUUAAUCAGUUUAGAAAUCAUAUAUGAGACCCAUUUCUUAGAGACAUGGUAAAUAUCUCCUUACGAGAACAAUUCAUUCACACAUAGCUGCAAUAUUCAACUACUAAGUUUGAAACUUGUGCUCCCAUUAAGCUUUGCGCGCUUAGAGUUUAAGGUUUGCAAAGGACAACCUUUUUUGAAUUGGCUGUAUAACCCAUUUAUUAAUUGUUAGAAAUUUCAUUGCUUAGUGAACGUGCAAGCUCAACUGGGGCGACAGGUGAAAGACUGAAAGAAGGCGCGAACAUUAACAAAUCCUUGGUCACGUUAGGAACCGUUAUCUCAGCCUUAGGUAAUCAGUUGUACAAUAUUUUCUCAUACACAAUAGCGCCAAUCUGUCCGUCGUGGCAGGGAAAAGUCACUCCUGACAUUUUCCUAACAGUUCCUUACUUCCUUUUAUUAAACUAGACAAAUUAGCACAUAAAUUGGUCAAAGUAAGAAGGUUUUUCUUUAUUAAAACAGCCGAGCAGUCAGAGAAAGCCGCAAGUAGUAGUGGCAAAGACUCCAAGAAAAAAAUAUUCAUUCCAUAUCGUAAUUCUGUGCUGACAUGGCUGCUCAAAGAUAGUCUAGGAGGCAAUGCCAAGACAAUAAUGAUAGCAGGUAGGGUGUAAACUUUAUAACUUCGAAUUCCCUUCUCAAGCGGGGGUGGGGUGGGGCUGGGGUGUGCAUGGGUGUCAGAUGUUGGGAUCUGUUGUAACUGCGUUACUUGCAAGUGACGUCAGAAGUUCUUGUGCAUGCUAGUAUAGUAGAAAAUUUCAAUUUCUCCCAGUAUCUUUUUGCAAUAUUUCCUGACCACAUUUAAUACCUCCAAGUGCCUCUUUCCUAUAACAUUAUAUUUUUAAACUUUGUGUGGUUUGAUUAUUUUUCUGUUCGGUGGCAAAAUUUUAUUUUAUCAAAUCUCAAGCCGUCAAGGUAUGAGUUGUGUUCCUAUUGCCAAAAUUGACAAAUUUGACUCAAGCCCGGUACCCCGUCAAGGGGGGGGGGCAACCCGUUUUCAAUCACUCAUAAAACGUUUUGAAGUCUAAACUAUAGUGAGAAUCUACCAGAAAGAACAGGGAUAUAUUUCAUGAACGAUGAGAACUCACAGGCCGACAAUGCCAGAUGAUGCGAGUGUAAUAUGUUUGUAUUGAAUAUGAUUGUUUCGUUGUGCAUUGCAGCAAUUUCACCAGCAGACGUGAACUACGCGGAAACAUUAAGUACAUUACGUUAUGCAAACAGAGCUAAGAAUAUUGUGAACAAACCAACAGUCAAUGAGGUAUUAUUGUCGUUUUACAUAUAAUCUAUUUGCUUGGUUAAAAUUAUCAAAGAUUGUGCAAAUAUGGUAUAAUUUAAAGUAGCAGAAUUGUAUCACUUAUUUUUCCUACAGAUAAACGUUUUAUCUCUGACGGGUUUCUUUUUUUCUUCUAUUUAACAUAGGAUGCAAAUGUACGACUUAUUCGAGAGUUAAGAGCAGAAAUUGAGGCACUCAAAGCUAUGUUAAAGAAACGGGGAACGGUAGGUCUUAUUAAAUAGAUGGUUUCUCUCAGGCCAAAAAAAUAUUUGAGCUUCCUAUUUCUUGUUGCGAAAACUCAAGUAGGGUAGGUCGUUUGUUUAAUAUUAUAUAUCAACUUUAAAACAGACAGGUUAUACUGUAUUUUAUAUAUACAUCUACAGUAGUACAAAAGUAACGCCAUAAACUGAGUACGAACAAUGGCUGUAAACCCUUUGCAAACGUCUGAUAAAAGGAUAGGAAACUACCAGCGUAGACAGAAACUAGUACCAGUGUGCUACUGCGCAUUUAUACAUGACAUUUAUCUUUCCGUCUUAGGCUGAUGGGAUUCCAGGAAUCGGUCAAGCUGAGGAGACUAGGAUGACGGAGCGACUGCAUGAAAACGAGGCGAAGGCCGAAGAACUGACUAGAAACUGGACCAGUAAAUGGAAGGAAAGUCAUAAAAUUAUUGAGGUAAAGGAAUCUCGCACAAAUAUUUGCAAGCGCUCGCGCGAGUGGCUAGUCGAACGAGUAUAGGCGCGAGUCACUCGCGAGUGAUGAUAAUAAUAAACAAUUACUGAAUGAGGUUGAGUAUGAUAUCAAGAAUUAUCAAGGCCGAGGUUUGUAUUAUCGACCGAAGCCGAAGGCCGAGGUGUAUAACAGUAUAACACAAACUGAGGCCUUGAUAAUUCUCGAUACCAUAGGAAAACCGAAUUCAAUAAUUCAGGGCUUUCAGAAUUAUUCUGAGUAGGUGUCUGUUUUGAUAAAGUAGGCGGCUGUUGGGAGGGGGCGGUCUAGGGGGUCUUAAAGUUAUCCAAAUUAACUAGUGUAAACUGAUUGGACAGCAACACAACUGAGCUCUGUAACCAAAUUAUAAUUUAUCAUUACUUUCAUUCUUCAACAAGGUAACUUCAAGAUUUAAGAUGGCAAAUAACUAAAUCAGUUUUACUAAAUAGUACACUGUUUUUGGAGAAAAAAACCAGGCUAUAAAGUAGACCAGGUUGUGGAAAAAUAACUUUGUUUGAAAGCUUAGAGUGGAGGAAGGAUAGCAGAAUUGAUACUUCAAGUACUAAACAAAGUAACCGGGCGGUAAACCUCGUAGCACCUGCCAGAGUUCCGGCGGUGGCCGGCUUAUUUUGAAAGCCCUGAAUAAUUGUUUUAUUUUAUAUUCGAAAGCUAGAAAGAAAGCAAAGCCAUUUUGUUUACGUUUUUAAAAGUAUGGAAUUUUUGCGCGCUUUUUAGCAAACAAUGGACCGUGCCGGGGUGCAGCCUGCUUACAACUUGAGUUGUACUGUGUAUUAGUGAGUGUGUAACUCAAGCACACAGCUCGCUUACAUUGUCUUAGUUGUAACAUGGUUGUAAGCAGGCUGCAUGCGACAGUUUUAUGCAAACGUUGUGUAGUCUGAAUCGGUCUUAAAAGUGAUAUUCAUAAAUUUAUAGGAACGCGCUUUAGGAUUUCGUUAUGAAGGCGCUGGGGUGAAAAUGGAGUCAGAGUUGCCUCAUUUGGUCUGCAUUGAUGAUGAUAUACUUAGCACAGGCAUUACUAUGUAUCAUUUAACGGUAAGAUUAUGAAAGAUAUGGAUCUGUUUUUCAGGGCUCGAAAUAACGGCCGAUCAACGAUCAAUGAUCGGCAGGAAAUUGUUUUUGAUCGGUGAAGAAUCAACGUUGCCGUUCACCUUGAUCGGCAAGAAAUAUAUUUGAGCAUUGUCUGAAAGACAUGCUUACCUGUACACGGUAAAAGACAAAUAAAAGUAAUAUAAAACACAUUUAAAAACACGCGAAAAGCUCUUGUAUAGUUGAUACGAGUCAUACGACAGGAAAGGCAGCAAUACUAUUCUCGGUCUAAAGUAAUUAAUUUACUUUUAUUAAAACAAAUUUACACGAAAUGUUGUCGUCUUUUCAACAGUACAGUCUGCAAUCCGAACCGCUGACGACGAACGUAUCUUUGUAUAAUAAUUUCAAAUUGAUAGGAUUUUUUGAGUAGGAUUUUCUCUUUUAAUAUAAAAUAAUAAGUUUUAGUUCUUAAUUGAUAAUGCUGCUGUGUUUCUUGCUUUUGUGUGAAAAAAUGCAGUGGUAUAAUUAAAACCUGAAAAGUGUUAUAAUAAAAUAAAGUUUAUUAAGCACUAGUUAAAUAUAGUUACACUAUUAGUAGUGUAUAAGUCCACAAAUGUCAUAGAUUUAAACUUCAAUUUGAAAUAAAGUUAAACUUCAAAUGCGUAUUCAAUGCCCACUGGCAUAUUUAGAAUUUUUUGAAGGAAAUGAGGGUAAUUGCUCCUGAUCGGCCAGAUUUUUAUUUGAUCGGCAAAAAGUCCUCAUUGCCGAUCACCAUGAUCGGGAACGUUGCGAACGUUAUUUCGAGCCCUGGUUUUUUGAAACGUUUGUCAGUUUACUGAAUGAAUUGUGUUAUGUGAGAACGUGUAGAAAUAAACUUCUCCUAAUUCAUUUCAGGAUGGCAGAACGUACGUCGGGAAAGAAGACGCAAAAGAGAAACAGGACAUAAGUAUGAUAAUUUUAAAGUAGGCUAUUUUUGAAAAGCGUUGCUAAUUCUUAUAUAUAAUCCUUAGAAGUGGACCAGGGAGGGGGAGGGGAAAUUUUGCUUACAAGAAUUUUUUAAGUUCGGAGUUUUGUCAAACUUUUUUCGUGGUUUAGAAGCUGUGCAGAAUUUUUUUCCUCUUUUUGACACAUAUAACAAAGAUUGUUAUCUUUUUAGUUCUAAACGGACCUGGCAUUGAUGCGAAACAUUGUAUCCUGGAAAGUAUUGAAGGUCACGUGACAGUCCAUCCAUUAUCAACAUUAUGUUUUGUGAAUGGAGAGGUGAUUAACCAAUCAAAACGCUUGAAACAAGGUAUGGAAUCCUUUUUAGCAUUCAUUUUGGAAAAGUAAAAAGUAACACUAAAAAUUUUCAGAUACCAGAAACAAAACUUGCGAGUUUUUUAUUUCACACUUUCAUAUUAUAGGCGAUGUACUUUUGUUGGGGAAGGCAAACACGUUUCGGUACAAUCAUCCCGGGGAGGCUGCAAAACUUCGGAAGAAAAGAAUGGUUAGUCUCUUCUUGUUAGAUAUGCUAUUUUAUAGACUUGUUUUACCACGCGUUGCUGGGAUAGUGCAUGGUCAACUGUUGACUCUUGUAGUAGGAUAAGUCAAUUCAAUUGCUUUAAUAAAGCAAUUUUGCCCUUCAUUUAAUGUGUUUGAGCCGAAAAGGAACAAAUCAACUUCUUGGUUGUCUGAGAGAAAACCCCAUUGGCCAGGAAUGAUUUGAGCAACAGAGGCUGGGAAAUCAGUUCUAAUAGAAACAUAAAUCAUAGUUAUACAUUUAUUUAAUACAUGCAUCCACGUCAUUUGGAUGAGUAUAGUCGAGAUUGGCUUAUUCUAUUUAUUGCCUACAAUGGACCUUAUACUAAUGACCUCACAAGGCUUGAUGCCCGCUAGGAAUGCUGGUCAUAGUAGUCAUCGCCCGGGAAAAUUAAACAAUUCAAAAUGAAAGUCGAAAUUUUCCCGAGCGAUAACUACGAAGACUAGCAUUCCUCGCUGGCAUCAAGCCUUGUGACGUCAUUAUGUAUAAUGUCUAUUGGUAUAAAAGAAUGGUAUAAAAAAAGAAAAUUAUUUUCCCUUUCUGAUAUCUAUACCAGUUGACCACCAUCUGAUGAACCAUAAUGCUUGAUAAAUGUGUACAGUUGCCACAGUUGGUGACAUAAUUUAAUGAAAUGCCCUUAAUAAUUUUCAGUUCCAAUCAAUGGAUAAUUUAUCAAGUGAAACGGACGAAAUAGAGGCGAAACCAUCGUAUCUUCUUUACAAUGCAAGGUAUUAAAAGAUAAACACCACUGUUCACAAAUUAAAAAGAGAAUAACAUUACUCACGAGUUUGAUAUUUUUGUAGUCUUGAAUUAGAAAGACAAUACAUGGAAGAAACCAAGAGGAUUGAAGAACAAAGGUAUCAAUCAAUCUUAUUGUCAUAUUGAUGUUACGUGCACAAAUCGUGCAUGUCCCUCUUGAUAUCACCUGGGUUUCUUUGUAAGUAUAUGUUUAAUUUUUGCACAGAACGGAAAUGGAACGUCAACAAAAAGAAGCGGCUGAUAGACUAGAGAAAGCAAGGUAUGCACUUGUUAGUAAACUGUUUUCCUUGGAAGUUCAGAAUGGUGCAAAAGUGGUGGUGAAAAGUGGUUUAUUGUUGUGCAUCGUUGAUCACGGGCAAUGAUUACCUUUACCUACAUUUAGUGGAUUUCAUCCAUUGUAAUUGGAGUAUGGUUCUGGACAGAAAGAAUGCGUCAUGCGGGCAGCACCAUAUUCCCAUUAAUAACAACAAGAGCAGAAGAGCUGUUCGAUGUUGUGUGAAGAAGGCGAGAGGUUCUUCGGCCUCGUAUGUUUUGUGUGGUUUAACCUAUGGGUUUAGCACAAGGCAGUGAUAAAAGGUCUAAAAAAAACUUUGGGUGGCUAUCCCUUACUUCACCAAAGCCGUCCCUAGUCUGGGGGCUCGCUAGCAGUCUCCCAUUCUCUUAGGCUUUGUUUGUGGGAUCCCCGGAGAGAUCCCACUUACCUUCUCCUAUAUAUCGGUAUUUAUAUACGUCAUUCAUAAGCACCAUUGUGAUUGUGGGAGGGAAUAUAAUAUAAAACAUUAGAUUUUGUACUACGGUACAACAUUUGGUUGUUUUGUAUCCACUAAAAACAUUUCACUGGAGAGCCGGAUGGUUAAAUUAGGGAAAUUCGUGGAAACAGGACAAUACGUCACUACGCAUGCGCAGUAGUGUUUUAAAACGAAUAAUUCCAAAUAACUCGCAAAAACGUAUGAAGUAGAACGGGCCCUCAGCAGAAUCAUUUGAACAACUGAGCAGGAAAAUUUGGAACAAACCGCUACUCAACAGAGGGGGAAAUAUAUUGCAGUUUUUUUCAUUAUAAUAAGCAAAUUUUUACUGGAUGUUAUGUUCUUAACUUCGUAGACAAGAUGUAGAAGCCUUGCAAGAACAACAACGUCAAGCUGAAGAAUUGAAAUUAGCAGAGGAGGAAAAACGUCGACUUCAUUUGGAAAGACGAAAGAAAGAAAUUGAGGAAGAAAAAAGAUUGAUUGAGGAAUUAAAACAAGAACAAGAAGAGGUAAAAACAUGAUUUCUCGGAAAAAUCUAUCAUGUGUAUGUGACCGCCUCGUAAGCACGGAAAAACGCCUGGACGUGUUCGCACUGCUUGUUGACAAGUUGGCAACUGCUUCUUGACAACUUGUUACAAAGUUGUUGAGCUCAACAGACUUGUUACAAGUUGUUCCAACAACUUGUUAUCAUCCUGCAAUUCAACAAUUUGUCAACAAGUUGUGAGUGAAAAACUUGUAGCAACUUAAUGGAAUAGAACACAUCUUGUUGACAAGUUAAAUUUAUUUCAGUAAUUCUUAUCCUGUAAUUGUGUAGUUUAUUUUCAGUAUUUCAUAUCCUGUAAUUGUGUUGCCUAUUUAAAACUGUUUAUCCUUUGCAGACCAAACUAGAAGCCAAACGUGAACUGGAAACAAUACGAGAGAAAAUUACUCAACAACAAGACGAAGAGAAACGUAAACUGGACGCGGAGAUGGACAGACUCGCUUUACUCAAAGAACAACAUGACUUGAAUGUGGCCAGCAAGGAACAAGAAAUACAAAAAAUGAAAGAUGAGUUGCUGAGCAAAUGGGAAGAGGAGAAGAAGGAAGUGGAAAAACAACGAGAACAGAUUGAAGUUUUGAGAAAGGAAAUUGAGGAGAAAGAGGAAGCUGUGAAGAGAGCGUCGUCUCCGGAGAUGGUCAAGAGUAAUGGUUCGACACCGCUGGCAACCUCGGAUGAGAGUAGUGGUACUUCUCUAGAGCUGAAGUAAGUUUGUGUAUUGAUGGUGUUUCUUCGUGCCAUACAGGUUAUUUUUGCCAGUUAGCAGAGCUUUCAAGAUAAGCCAGCCUGCCACCGGAUCUCCUGCCGGUGCCACGAGGCUUACCGCCGGUUACUUUGUUUAGUACUUGAAGUAUCAAUUCUGCUCUCCUUCCUCCACUCUAAGGAUUCCAACAAAGCUUUUUCCACAACCUGGUCUACUUUAUAGCCUGGCUGGCUAUUUUCAAAAACGACGUGUUAUUUCGUAAACUGAUUUAGUUAUUUUCUUUGAAGUUUUGAAAGUAGUGAUACAUUAUAAUUUGGUUACAGAACUCAGUUGUGUUGCUAUCUAAUCAACAUACACAGGAAAAAACGCUUAGCCUGUAACAUGUUGUUGAAAACAGAACCUGAACUAUAUUUUGUUCAUGUGAACAAUGCUGAACAAUAUUGUUAACAACCAGGAACAAUAUGGGCAGCAAAAUAUUGUUCAGGCCUGUUUUCAACAACAUUGUUACAGGCUAAGCGUUUUUUGCAGUGUACACUAGUUAAUUUGAAUGACUUUAAGACUCCGUAGACAACUUCCCACAGCCGCCUACUUUAUCAACACAGCAAAUACCGAAUAAUUCUGAAAACCCUGCAAGCGUACACUUUAAUAUUUCUUAAUCUGACUUCGUCGUCGAUGUGAGCCAACUAACUAACCUGCGUUCUCUAACUUAGUCUAUAUCAUGCACUAUAACUAUUACAUAUUAACUAAAAAACUUCCUGUCCAAAUUUAGCCAUCAUGAUGACGUCAAAUGUAACGUAACGUAACGUAACGUAAUGUAAUGUAAUGUAAUGUAAUGUAAUGUAAUGUAAUGUAAUGUAAUGUAAUGAUUAUUACACUAAUCAUUCGACCACAAUCAUCAGUAUCAUAUACGUCUUCCCUUUGUUGAAACAGCUUUUUCUUUUACAGCGAAAGUUCGUCUUCUCAACUCGAAGCGAAGUCUCAUGUUGAAAUUUUGCGUAACAAAAUGAAACAACUAGAUUUGGAGCUACAGCGACAUCGUGUUGUCUCCAAGGGAGAAAUCAGCGCUGCUAAAGAAGCUGUACGACAAGUAGAGCAAGAGACUUUGCAAGGGAUGAGGACCUUGGCCACAGGCAAGACAGACAUCGAGUUGGCUUGGAAAACAUUGGAUACCAUGCAGGCAAAACACAAGGUUUGGAAUAAGUUCCUUUAUUUGCUUCCUUGUACACAUACACACACAAGUUGUCACAGGUCUGCAUGCAAACAAGUUGUUACAAAUCUGUUCACAAGUUGUCGACAAGUUGGGUUCGCACUGUUUGUUUCCAAUUGUUGUAACAAGUUUGGAACAAGCUGUUAACAACUUGUAAUAACAAGCUUGAUGGUGGCAUUAUCAGACUUGUUACAAGGUUGUUCUAACAAGUCUGAUACAAUGAUGAUAAACAAGAAUGUUACAAGGUUGACGACACAAGCUUAUGACAGUAUUGUUAUUAAUGUUAUAUCAUGAUUGAAUCGGACUUGUUGGAACACCUUUCAACAAGUCUGAUAAUAUCAACAAUGGUUGUUACAAGUUGUUAGCCGUUUGUUCCAAACUUGUUGACAACUAGGGACAAGCAGUGCGAACACAACUUGUUGACGGCUUGUUGACAGACUUGCUACAAGUUGUGAGAUUUUUACGCGUGUAGGUUUGCUUCACGAGAUAUGUAGUUGGUUUGUUUUGAAGGUUUUUCAUUUACCAAAUACAGGUUAUUGAAGAAGAUUUGUUGUUAAGGAUCAAUGAAAUUCGUGAGAAACUGGAGAAAGCAGAGGAUGUGGAGGAGGCUGAUUUGUUAGAGAAAGAGAGGGUGAUUAUGGAACGACGCGCAGCAAGAAUGAAAGUAAGAUAAAUGUCUAAAUAGUUGGCAGGGAAAAAGAUCAGCUUUUUUCAGGCAGUUCUAGUUGCAAUAACGACGCUAUUCUUAUGAAUGAAAAGCUUUAUUUGAAGACACUAGCCCCAUCAGCAAAGGCUGGUUUAUGGGGGGGGGGGGAACUGUAUAUCUAUAAAAAACAUUGACAACUAUACAAAACACAUAACUACAAUAAUGAACAAAUUAUUAUGGUAAAUACAAGGUUGUGAUGUCAUACAAUUAAUCGAAGACAGAACGGUUUAUCGACUUCAACUAUUUUUAAAGGCAUAUAUGGAUCGAUCGAUCCUGUUUCCACACGCUUGGACCCAUUCCCUGCGGGGAUAUCCCAAGAAGCUAUAAUGACCGCAAACCAGGUUUCAAUGAGAUAUUACAUUUUUAGGCGACUUUUCAUAUGAAUACCCCGAAACGAUACUUUCGGGUGAACAUGCAGUUUUAUAAAAACGAAACUGUGAGUCUUUGAAUACGAUUGGGGUCAAGAUUCAGAUUAGAUUAGGAUUAUAUUGAUUGGGUACAAUUGAAGGCUAGCAAAUUAGUGGACCGUGAUUUUCACAGUAAUAUGGAAGUUGAUCCAAUUUCCGAUCAUUACUUUUGAAGGUGGAGGAAGCGCGAAGACAAAUUGAAGAGCUAGAAAGUGAAAAUAGAACAUUGGAUCUUGGCGAGUCUGAUUUUAACAAGAAGAAAGAAAUCUUAGAAGGCGAAGCUAGGGAAGAGAUUAGAGACAUCAGGGAAGAAAGGAAAAUAUUACUUGAAUUAUUGAGCAAACAUCAGGUAGCUCUGAGCAAAGCCAGUCACAUGGUGACUGAAACUAAAGUCAAACUUGAAAACUGUUUGGAAAAUGAACGUCUUACAAUCCAACCACAACGGGAACGCGUUGAGUUGCUGGUUAGGAACGAGCUUGGUCCUUUGAUUGAGAUGGAAGGGAAUGUGGAACGACGAUGUGAGGAUUUGGAUCGAGAUAAUAGAGAAAGGAAGAAGAAUAUUUAUAAACAGAGGCGAAGGAUUGCUUUGCUCGAGCGCCAACAUAACCAAGCUUUGCAACAAGCCGAGAAAGAAACGCUAAACAAAGAUGAAUUAGAGGAAUUAGAAAACGAAAGAGAAGCGGAGAAAAGUUUAAUAAGAAAAGAAAAACUUCGCUUGCUUGAUAUGGAGAAAAAGCACAAAGAACAACAAGAAAUUGGGGAACUGACAAUCGGUGAGGCUGUUGAGGAGCUUGAGAAAAGGAAAGCGAGAGUGAAUGCAGUGCUUACACAAGAGCGGUCAAAACUUGGCCAAAUGGAGUCGGUGCAUAAAGAAACUUUGGACUUUACUGAACGAGAAUUAGAAGAGCGUAGCGGAAUUUUACAGCGAGUUAAAGAAAAAGUUGGCAAAGAUAAGCGAACUCUAGCAAAACUUGAUGCAAGACAGCAACGAGUGGCCGCUAAAGCGGCGGAGGAGUUAUUUAUGAUGGCAGAAGUGCUGGAAAAAGAGAUGACUGCCAAGGGAAAAUUUGAUGAACUCGCGAAGAUUAAGGAACAUCGUAAAAGAUUGCAAGAUCUUGACAAGCAACUUAAGAUGGCGGAGAGGAAAGAAAAGAGUUCUAGAUUAGGUGUCGGAGGAGAUGAUGCCAAUCAGUGUGUGCUGCUGUGAAUUGUGGGAGAAACGGAGCAAAUUUAAUUUGAGAAACCUCAAAAUGAUAUGCCAUGUUGUUGGCUGCAUUUACCGUAGUCUAUCAAGAUAUGAUGGUCUGGAAGCUAAACGGAAGUCAUUGUAUUAUGUUUUUGUCGGAGUUUAUGUUAAUUUGUGCAAGGUCACGGUGAUUGAGCUGAUUGUAUUUUCGUAUAAUGAAGUAAUCGUCAAAUAGUGAUAGCUGAGAUAAAACGUGCAACUCCAAUGAAUAAUAUUAAUGAAGUUGAGACAAAGGAUUUGUGCAUGCUGAGGUACAGUUCAACAUCAAGCAAAGGUCUUCUAUUUUGUGGCUUUGAAGUUUGCCGGGUUUCCAGACCAUCAUAUCGUGACAGACUAUGUAUUUCUAUAUCACGAUUGGUUUUUUCUUUGACAGUAAACGUAGUGUCAUACAGUAGGGAAUGUUUCCAUUGAACUGUUUUGACAUACACAACUGUUCUCAAUAACAUCCACUCACUCUCUCCUUUGCGUAAAUCGGUAAAUGCUAAAGUAAGUUAUACUGUAACAAUGGUGACUGGAUUACAUGGAGAGCGGUGGGAUUUUCAAAAUUUUAAAACAUGAAAAGACAAUGGAACAUUCCGAUCAUUGGAUCGUGACGUGAUGCCGUAAGUUGUACUUAACAAAUAGUGAGCUUAAGCAAAUGACGUUUUUGCAACACUGACGUCGACCGGAAGUAAAGUUGACGUUUUUCACCAAUCACAGUCCUUGACCCAGUCUUCUGACGUUACUCAUGCCGUUCGUGUUGUCAAAAACGUCACUUGCUUAAGCUCACUAAUAUGUCCUUGUUGUUGCCAGAAAACUGUGCGGUCAUACUGUCAAGCAAGAUUUGGACGUACAUACAAGAGUUUAAUUAACUUACGUAGUUGGCUAUACUUUCGAAUCUUCGACUUUGUGUGAAUUGGUGAGAUGUUAGGAGAGUGAGUGGCUUACAUGAUUAUAGUAGAAUGUACUAAUAAAAAAUAUUUAAUAUAGUACGCAUUUAGUACGCACAAAUGCAGUAUGUUAUUUAAAACCGUAAUUGUAUAUCAUUAUUUGCGAGAAUAUAUUAUGUGCUUAUUUGAAUGAGGGAAAAGCCCCUUUAAAAUGCUUAUACAUAACUGCCGUAUAUGGUGGCUAUUAGAGAGUUUCAGAUUUGAAUAGCAUUACUGUCACCUCUCACAGGCUUGAUACGCAUAUGAUUGGUUAAUUGUAGAAUAUAUGCAUCUGAUUGGUUUGCGGUAGUGGAAGACAAAAUCUGAACCUCUCUAUUGAUAAUCGCAGGUCGAUUUUGAUUGUAAAAUUAUUUAACAAUAAAUUAAUUAUCGUGUGUGG